GAGUUGGGGAAGGAGGAGGAUCUGAGAUUACUCUAUUGGCGACAUGGACGCCACACAAUUGACAGAGCUGAUGGGCAGCCAUGACUUCAUGCAACUGCAACAGCAGCUGCAGCACAACAACAACAAUUACAACACAGAUGGCCACAAUGGACUCUCACCGGAAUCGGCGGAGCGCAGUUCGCGGCCAGUGCGACGUGCAACACGACGCACCUCACAGCUAAGCAAUAACACAUACGAUCUGGAGAUGACGGACUCCAGUUCGCAGAGUGACGACACCAGCGGCGGCGGUGGCAGCAGCAACGGCGGCGGCAGCAGCACCAACAACACCAGCCACCAACAUGGCAAUGCCCAAGGCGGCCAGCGAACCUCGAGCCGGGGCAGGCAACAGAAUGGGUCGACGGGCUCCAGUCUAACGGCGAACAGCGCCAAUGCGAAUCGCCGGCGAAAGGGUGCCCUCAAUGCCAAGGAGCGGAAUCUGCGUCGGCUGGAGUCCAAUGAGCGCGAACGGAUGCGGAUGCAUAGCUUGAAUGAUGCAUUUCAGUCGCUGCGCGAGGUCAUUCCCCAUGUGGAGAUGGAGCGGCGUCUGUCCAAGAUCGAGACACUGACGCUGGCCAAGAACUACAUCAUCAAUCUGACGCACAUUAUACUCUCCAAGCGGAACGAGGAGGCGGCUGCCAUGGAGCUGAAUGGUGGUGCUGUUGGUGGUGUGCUGCUGACGGGCUUAACCGGUGAGGUUGGUGGUGCAACAACAAAUGGUGGGGCAGGUGGCGGUGGCGGGGGCGGUGCAGGUACUGCUGGUACUGGAGCAACAGUUGGCAGCGGCACAAAUGGUCUUGUGUGCUUUGAGGAUGCUUUGGCCAGUGGCUCUGUUGGUGGUGUUGCCUACGAUUGUGCUCUGCUCGCCGCCAGCGAUGGCAGCUUGUUAAGCGCAGCCACGCCCACCAUGCAGAGCCUGCAGCCAACGCAGGCGAUGCACAUUCUGGCGCAUCCGCCACAAGUGGAGCAACAGCAACAACAACAA